CAAUUUAAUUACUCAUCUGUGAACAUAACCCUCAUUAAAGAAGAAAAAAAAAAUUACAAUUUUACAUUCAAUGAAAAAAUUGAUGAUUAUGUUUUAAUACCAGAGACUUAUUCAGAAUAAAUCUAUGUUUAAAAAAUGACAAGUUUACUGAAGAAUUUUCUCCCAAAGUUGAAUUUGAUUUGUUGUAAAAAUCCAUCUAUCUCUAAAUUAAUUCUACCCAGCAUCUCCAAAUUGAAUUUCUAUUCAAAUUUAUCUUUUGUCGACUCUGUUACAUCUUAUGAAAUUGUUGAAGAUGAUAAAACCAAAGAAGCUGAAGAUGAAAUUAUCAAGUCUGGUAUUGUUAAAAAAAUUAAUGAAAAAGUCCUAAAAGAGGAUGAACCAUUAUUUGCAGUUGUUCAUGUGGCAGGAAAACAAUUCAAAAUUACAAGUGGAGAUACUAUAGUUAUAGAGGGUUAUUGGCCACCCGAUGCUGGUGAUAAGUUGACUUUAGAUAAGGUAAUGCUUGUGGGUGGAAAGGAAUUUUCACUUAUUGGAAGGCCAUUGAUUCAGAGGGAUCUGGUACAAAUAGAAGCUACAGUUAUUGAAAAGACAUUAUCCCACACAAAAAUUCAUUUCAGAAAAAAAAGGAGGAAGCAGUAUAAAAGAAUUAAUUUUUACAGAGUGCCCCAAACUAUGGUUCUAAUCAAUAAUAUAAGAUUUGUUGGAGAACUUGAUAAUCCACCUGAGGUAACUGAAGUGCGGAGCAGAACAUUCUAAAUGGGAAUUAGUUCAUUAAAGUGAAGUGAAAUAGAAAUUUAUAAAUCUAUUCCAUUUUUUCGAUGAAAUAUAAUUAUUUAGCAAGAA